AUGUCAUCAAAGUUCGGCUGCAGGCCGGGAAUGCGCAUGCAGAUACAUCGUCGUGCCGCUGCUCCAAUCCUAGGAUAUGGAGCUCUCAAUGCCAUUCUCUUUGUGGCUUACAACCGGUCAUUGAAAGCUUUGGAUGGGUCUGUAACAGACCCCACUAAUCCGGUGGGAGUCUCACCAUACAACAUUUGGCUCGCAGGAGCUGCAGGCGGACUGGCUAGCUGGACAAUUUCAUCGCCGACCGAGUUCAUUAAAUGUCGGGCCCAGCUAGAUCGCCGCCCAGAAGUGUCAUCGUGGACGGUAGCCAAGGACAUAUUUCACACGCGCGGAUGGAGGGGGCUCUAUUAUGGUGGAGGGAUUACUAGCGCCAGAGAUGCAAUUGGCUACGGAUUCUAUUUCUGGUCUUAUGAACUUUGCAAAAGAUUUAUGACUUCUGAAGAUGAUGGUCAAUACCAGGCUGCUAUGAACAUUUUGCUCUGCGGCGGCAUUGCUGGCGUUGUCACUUGGGGCUCGGUGUUUCCUUUGGACAUGAUCAAGACGAGGCUGCAGGCACAGACUAUUGAUUACGGCCGGGGGACCGAAACCCAGUCUCUUCUACAUCAGCGCCAGACGCUGAAUUCUUUCCAGAUUGCGAAAGAAACCUACCGCGCCGAGGGAAUUAAGGCAUUCUAUCGAGGUCUUGGAGUCUGCAGCGUCAGAGCAUUCAUGGUGAAUGCUGUCCAGUGGGCAGCCUACGAAUGGUUGAUGAAGAGCUUCAGUCAAUGGGGCACACAAGUGAAGCUCCAAGAAUCCACGGUGGGUCUGUAG